AUGUUGGAAGCAAGCAUCAGCAAGAGGAGACCACAAUUUGAACAUCAGAGACAGAUUUGGCCUUACGAGAUCGCAGAAACUAACAAUCAACAUCGAGUUGGUCCGGUCUCAUCUGUCAAGGAACUAGUCAUUUCAAAUGCGCGUGCUGUCGCGUUCGCUCUUUUCGCAUCCCACAUGAUCAACAAAACCACCACUACCAAUGACCAGAUGCAAUGGUGCAAUGGCAGCGAUAACACCUGCCACAGACAGGGAUAG